CCCAUCGCCGCUCGAAUCCCUCUUCUGUUCUCCUCUUCCUCUUUUCACGCUGUGCUCUCUCGAGCUCGGUGAUCCGUGAGGGCGGUAGCCAUGGCGGCGGCGCAGGCGCUGGCGAAGGUGAGCGUGGGAUCGCCGGGCGGCAGCCGGGGCGCGGGGUCCUUCGGCCGGCGGAGGGGCGCCGUGUCAGUGCGCCUCGGAGGAUCCUGGUCCUGGAGGAAGAGCCCGUUCCUCGGCGGGAGGAUGGCGGUUGGACCGAGGAGAUCCAGGAAUCUCGUUGCAUCGCCGGUGCAGAUGAACCUUUCAUUUCGGAAAACCAUGAAGUGGUGGGAGAAGGGACUGCAGACCAACAUGCGGGCGAUCCAGACCGCGCGAGACCUCGUUGAAUCCUUGACCAACGCCGGCGACAGGCUCAUCAUCGUCGACUUCUUCUCACCUGGCUGCGCCGGCUGCCAUGCCCUCCACCCCAAGGUUUGCCAGUUUGCGGAGCGGAACCCGGAUGUGCAGUUCCUGCAGGUGAACUUCGAGGAGCACAAAUCAAUGUGCCACAGCCUUCAUGUUCAUGUGUUCCCUUUCUUCAGAUUCUACAGGGGAGCUGAGGGCCGGCUCUGCAGCUUCAGCUGUACCAACGCAACUAUUAAGAAGUUCAAGGACGCGCUUGCAAAGCACAAACCCGAUAGAUGUAGCAUUGGCCCAACUAAGGGGCUAGAAGAACCAGAAUUGUUUGCCUUGGCUGCAAACAAGGAUCUGCAGUUCACCUACACCAUGGAGUUGCCAGAACGGGCACCGAGCAUGGAAGAUGCAGCGGAGGUCAUCACUCCUGAGCGUCCAACACCGACAAAGCCGUUGGUCAGGCAGGGUUCUGACGACAGGACCUUGGUCCCAACGGGAAGAUGAUAUGUGAUGACGAUCACAUGCUUCAGUUCUGUACAGUUCUUGAUUGUUUUUUGUGCGUGUACAGGUUGUUCCUUUUUAUGGUUGCGGGUGCAGGCUUCAAGAUUUUUUAAAUAUGAAACCUGCCCGCUUGUCUACAAGUAGUGAAAAAUGUAGUAUGGGUAGCAAAAAGUGUUGUGGAGCUCCUGUCCUCAGGAAGUUGCAUGGUGGCUAUAUGAAUUCAUCUAAUUGUCAAAAAAGGUCAUCUGCUUGAUCUUUGCAGUGUUGCGCAUUUUA